AUGCCUGCCGAAAGAAGAUCCUUUACUGCGACCCGCCCGGUCAAGACCGAGCGUACGCAUGAGGAAAAUCAAGAGCGUGACCGUAGCCUGGAGGCUCGUAUUGAGUCUGCAAGAAGAGCAUCUGAGAUACAUAAGAAGCGCACUGGGCGUGCACUUCGAGUUACUGAGCAAGAUGUCAUCAACGAAGAGAUGUAUGAAGAGGAGGAUGACGAUCUGCCGACUCAGUACCAGAGGCUCAACGCACAUUUGCACACCACCUCUGUGAUGUUCAACAAGAAACUGCAUGAUUACAUCGCGACACAGCAUGGAGUCAGAAACAUGUUCAUGUCGCAGUACCAGAAUCCAUCAUUCCAACAGUUUGGAAGUCAGAUGUCGCCACAAAUCAACGGCGCCUUUGGACAGAACAAUUGGUUAAAUCCCACUAUGAUGCCUCCUCAGCAGUCUGCCCAGCAAACAUCACAAAAUUUUGGUCAACAGGCGCAGGCCACGCAGCCACAGGGUGUUCGCUCAUCACCAUACCACAUCCCUCAAAGAUCGCAUCAGCGCUCGGCUUCUAUCGCCGUCCCAACUGCCAUGGAUGCGUACCUGCCGCAGGGCGCCUCGGCGUCCCACGAUGCACGGAGGAUGUCGAUGCCAGCGCAAGCAGGGAUGGACGACCAGUCUCGACCGGCUGCUUCUCGCAAAUCUUCCUUCGUUCUCCAGCAGCCUCCUUCACCACUGACCGACACGGCUUCGCCAAGAUCUGGGUCAGGUCAGCGAACACCGCAGCUCCAGGCCGAUAAUGAGACAUCUGUCUCAACCUUUACUCAAGCAAACUACUCCUUGGGGUCGCAAAUGCUCAGCGGCGCUAAUCCGCUAUCGAUGGCCCUGCCUGCCGAGUCGCAGCAAUUCGUUGGGUCUGUCCUCGAUCCCAAUGACCCUCGCACAGCUAUGUUUAUGAGUGGCAGUGAGCACAUAGCGCAGCCCUUCGCUCCGACAUACACCUACAACCCAAACUACUCGCCCAAAGCUUUAAAGUCAGGCAGCAACAUCACGCUCAGCAUGCCGCAGACCGGUAUCAAGUCAGAAAGUGCAGCCGACACAUGUGCGCCAAUCUCUUCCGGCCUGUACAAUAACGAGUCGUUCCUUACUCCUGGCAAUGAAGCGUACGGCGCUUUCUUCGACUUCCAGUCCACGGAUUUUGCUCAGCCUGGUGAUGAGCCUAGCACCAACGAGCAGCUCAUUGACGGUUCCAGCUUCGUGAACUGGGAUUAG